AUGCAUCCAACACGAAGCCCUUCAUCCAUCCCGACAGGUGUCUCAGGAGAUGCCUUGGAUCUCAGCUUGUCAGGCUCCCAGCUAUCCAUGUCCAAGAGACCCAGCAGUGCAUCACCUGGGAAAUACUUCUCUCGGUCUGUGUCGGUUUCUGUGGCAAGUGACAGCAGAGGGAAACGCAACACCCUGAGCGAUGUCGGCUUUGGUAGCUCCCGCUCCAUCAAGAACCUUCGGCGGUCCAACAGCACCACCCAGGUUAAUCAGCAGGCCAACAUCAGUUUAAGUCAGGAGCAGAGUGAGGACUACCUGGCUCUGUUUGACAGCAGCUCAGAUGGACGCAAGAAACUGGCUAGCCUCAGCAAAGCCUCUCCAGACAGAACCACAUGGAACAUCCUGGAUGAUCAGCCCAGAACAUUCCCCCUUCACUCGAGCUCCCGCAGCACCGACGGUGUGGUCUCUCCCUCCGGCCCGAAGAAAAGAGAGCCUGGCAUCACUCUGGCUGCCACCUUCACUGCCAACAACAGGAGCAACAAAGGAGCUGUGGGGAACUCUGUCACCACCAUCUUACACAACAACUACUCUGAGAUACCACUCACGCCUAAGAGCUCCAACCAGAGGCCGUCCUUUAACAACAUCCUGAAGGCCACAGCAAACGACGAGGUUUCACAAGAUAACAGCUCCCUGACAAAGUCUCAGAAGAAUUUCUCCUCAACUUCCUCCACCUCAAACAACAACUCUCCAGUGUCGGCCCAGGGAGGCAGCCCCAUCACGCCCCGAAGGAGGGAGGCCACUGAGGAGGAGGCCGAGAGGUUUAUUCAGCAGGUGAACCAGGCAGCAGGCACUAUCCAGCGCUGGUACAGAAGCCAUGCCAAGAGGCGACACACUAACCAGGCAGCGCUCAAACGCACCCUUGCCAGUAGAAGAAAGGAGUGGGAGGAGAGAACAGAGGCGGAGAGUCACCUGGAGCAGCAGCAGAAAAAGGACGAAGACAGGAAACGGAUCCGAGAGGAGAAAGCUCGUCUGGCCCGCCUGGCUGCCAUCCAGGAUCUGCAGCAGAAAAGAGCCCAGCGGAGUGCAGAGGUGCAGUGUGCAGCUGAGGUGGAGCAGGAGAGCCGGAGGCAGACGGGUGUGGGCGGACGAAAGAAGCCACCCAGGAUUUCUCUGAGCAACAAAAGCUCAGCCUCAACGAGCAACAACAGCCCGAUGUCUCCCAUAGAUGUGAAAGCCAAGAACACAGACUCUAAUUUGAAUGUUGUUUCUGAAUUGGAGCUAAGCUUCAGAGCCAUUUCCCCAGCUCUGUCCAAUCACAGAGGCUCUCAAUGUUCCCAGGAUCAGGAGGACAGAGCAGAGGUCGACCUGGAGCAGCAGCAUCAGCACAAUGACAGGAGAUUAAUUCGUAAAGAGAGAGCUCGUCUUGCUGCCACCCAAGCAAACAUUUCAGAUGAACUGCAGCGGAGGGUUGCAGAGGCUCAGCACAUAGCUGUGGUGGAGCUGGAGAGCCUGAGGCCAACGGGUGUUGUCGGACGCAAAAAAACACCAAGGAUUUGUCUGGCUAACAAAAGCCCAGCCUCACCGAGCAACAACAGCCCAAUGUCACCAAGAGAUGUGAAAGCCAAGAACACAGACUCAAAUUUGAAUGUUGUAACUGAGUUUGGGGAGCUCUCCAGCUUCAGAGCUGUUUCCCCUGCUUUGUCCAACUGCAGAGGCUCCCAGUGUUCCCAGGAGAUCCUACAGAGGUCAGUGAGUGUGGAGGACCAGCGUCAGGGGGCUCUGUCCAGCAGGACUCCAUCUAAAACCACGCUCAACGAGCUGCUGGACACCCUGAAGCUGCUAGAGUCGGAGCCGCAGAGGCUGUCGGAGCCAAAGUGCUACACUAAAGAGAAAUACGCCUGGAUAGAUGAGGAUGUGGACUCCAACUCUCUGACCACUGAUAACCUGGAGCGGCACGGUCAGCUUAGCCUCCACCCUGCACUGCCUGAUGGGGCCGCCCUGCUCUCUGAGGCCAAGCUGCAGAGCAUCAUGAGCUUCCUGGAUGAGAUGGAGAAGUCUGAACUGGAAAGACCUCGCUCUGUCACUUCAGGGUCGCACAGAGAGGCUGUGCUGUCUGAGGAGGAGCUGGUUGGAGUGGAGCAGGCGUCUGCCACUGCUGCUGAGGUCACUGGCUCCAUGAUGCGAAUCAAGCUUGAGCUGGAGGAGAAGAAGCGCACUGUCAACAUGCUGCAGACCGCUCUGGCCCAGCAGAGGGAGCUCACAGUGAGACACGUGAAGGAGACUGAGAAGGAGCUGAACAGAAACUUCCAGCUCCAGAAGGAACAAUAUGAAGCCACCAUCGAGAGACACCUGACAUUCAUUGAUCAGCUGAUCAAUGACAAAAAGUCUCUGAGUGAGCGCUGUGAAGGAGUGGUGGGGGAACUGAAGCAGGUGGACCAAAAGUACACCAAGAAGAUUGCACAAAUGCAGGAGCAACAUGAGAUGGUGUGGCAAAUUCUGGGUCCCUUGUGUGAGGAAAUCAAGAAGUUGAAAGAGCUAAUGAGCGCCACGGAGAAGAUCCGCCGGGAGAAAUGGAUUGACGAGAAAACCAAGAAGAUCAAAGAGAUCACUGUUAAAGGUCUGGAGCCAGAGAUCCAGAAGCUGAUCUCCAAGCACAAACAGGAGCUGAAGAAGCUGCGGACGCUCCACGAGGCGGAGCUGCUGCAGGCAGACGACCGCGCCGCCCAGCGCUACGUCCGGCAGUGUGAAGAGCUCCGCCAGCAGCUGGAGAGGGACAAGGAGGAGCAGUGUCAGCGAGAGAGGGAACUAGCCAAACAGAGAUAUGAGAAGCAGCUUCAGGAGGAGGAGCUGUCCCUGCAGCAGCAGAGGAGGCGGCUCUACAAGGAGGUGUCUGAUGAGAAAGAGAGGCUGGCUCAGCUGGCUGCAAGGCAUCGCAGUGAGCUGGAGGAUCUGCGGAGACAGCUGGAGGAGAACAACUCUCUUGCUGGACGAGCCCUCAGAGAAGAGCUGGACAAGACCAGAGAGGGACAGGAGAGGAGACACCAGUUGGAGAUGAAGGCAUUACACGAACGCAUUGACAUCGAAAAGCAGACCUGGGAAGAAAACUACAAGAAGAAAGAGGAAGCGUGGCUGCUGAGCCGCGAGCGUGAGCUCAAAGAAGGUCUGAGGCGGGAGCGCGACAAAGAGAUCGAGCUCGCCAUCUGGACUCUGGAGGAGGAGACCAGCAAGGACAAAGAGGAGUGUGAGAGGGCAGCUGACAACAGGGUGAAGCGUGUGAGGGAAAAGUAUGAGACUGAGCUGAGGGAGCUGGAGCGCUCUGAGAGGGCGGCCGUGGAGAAACAGCAAGAGUUGAGGAAGCAUCAGAUGGAGGCGGAGGGAGAGCUGAUCAGACUGCAGGGCGCUCUCAGACAGAAGGGACAGGAGACCGAAGACGUCACACAGACCCGGGAUAAGCUGGUGGAGGAGCGCCGCAGCCUGGCCGAGGUGAUCAGGCAGGAGUUUGCAGAGCGGCUGGUGGUGACGGAGGAGGAGAACCGCAGGAUGAAGGUGGAGGUGUCAGAGGUGCGGGCUCGGCUACGGCUAGAGGUGGAGAGAGUCACCAGGGAGAAGGAGGAGGAGCUGGCAGAAGUCCACCAACGAGUGAAGUCGGCCAUCUUGAAGAAGGAAGAAACUGUCAAUAAUCUCCGAAAGCAGCACGAGGCUGCCCUGAAGAGAGCGGAUCACCUGGAGGCCCUGUGGGAGCAGCAGAGGAAGCAGCUGCUGGAGAAGUGACUGACAGGAGGGCUUCAUCUGUCUGGACCUCCCCCUCCCCCUCUGCUCUGAGCUCUAUCCUUUGUGUCGCACGAGCCCUCACCUGAUUUUUUUGUAUUCACUUGGAUGUUGUUUCUGCCAGCAAGACUGAACCUGUGGAACUACAGGAGGUGGAACAAGUGGCUGAACCCUGUCCUACUUCAUACAGAAUAGGGACAUGAACUGGGCCUCAAUAUUUAGCCCCGCCUCUCCAGGCAUGAAGGAAUGUGUAGUGUUGGAGCGUCCCUCAUUUAAAUGCCACAAACCAGGUGACACCUGAUGAAUAGAAAUGAAUAGACUAUGGUUGGACUUCGCUUUCCUCUUCUUCCCUUUUUCAAAAGGAGGAUUGCUGUAGCUUUUUGUGACUGUACUUCCCCCCCCCCCCCUUCCCCCUCUCUCUUGGGCAGGAAUUCUUCAAUGUUCCCCUCAGGGCUGCCACAUGGAACAGUUCCAGAUGUUUGUGAAACCAGCCCGGGCCUGUGCUGGUGUAAAGUGGGAGAUGGACCACUUAAAACAAACCAUUGGGCAUCAGAGCGGCUGUAUGAGCUCCUGUUUGUACUCAUGCUGCCCCCUUUUAUCUGCAGAGCCAUGCGUUUUGUCCCAGUGCCUCCUCAAGGCGAGUGCUAAUUACAGGAUCUAUGACAUGGCCUCGCUCUGAACAGUUUGUUAUGUGUGUCUCAAACCAAAGGUAGGAUCUAAGCAAGACGUACGAAGAGAUUUACCAACACUGGUUACACACUAGAGUGUGAGUAGAAUGUUGCGAGAGGGACGAGUAUGUAACUAAAAGGAAAGAAAAAGGACACGGCAUGAUUGAGGCGGAAGACGGAUGAUUUUUAGAGAACGUUUCUGAAUGUGGGGGAGAAGGAAGAGGAGAGAGGAUCGGGGAUGCAGGGAAGAAGGAAUGCACAGAGAAGGCAUGUGACCAGAGGUAUGUUAAAAGCCAUAUAGCUUUCGCCCGCUCCGAUCCAGAGGCUGCACUGUGACAAAACGCAUCAAACUCACCCGGUAAGAGGGGGGGGGGUCUCGAGUCACACACACAUGUAAACCAUCUGCGUUUAAACCAAACCGUCUGUUCCCUAAUCCUCUCAGGAGACCCCUCCCCUCAGCAAAUCUGCAUUUUAUUAAUUGAGUUUUUUUCUAAGUCCUUAACCCUUACAAUGAUUAGGGUUGAAGCCGGGCACAAAAAGGAUUUCAGCGAGAACGAUCCAAAGCAGAGUUAGCGAGGGGUGGGGGGGCUGAAACAAGAGUUAGUUCUGCAGAGAGAAACUCUACAGCUGGAAGUAAAGCCUGUUAUUUAGGUGCAACAUGAUGUGAUUGUUGAGGCCCAAAAUUACCCUCACAUCAGAAAAUAUUUAUUCUGUUCCUUUUUUCUUUAUUUAUUUCCCAAAGUAGCCGUUAAUGACCUCUUGUAGUGUUAUCGGUCCUCAGAAAGGGCACGGAUUCUUUUCAAAGUCGACACAAUAAGUGUUUUUACAGUUACUUAGCAGAACUGCUAACUGCCGUGCUAAAACGUUAUAACUAUGCCAUUAGUAGAUGGUUUAAAUACAGUAUGUCCGGUUUUUCUGACAUGGAAGGCGUCCGAGCCACAAUGUAAAGGGUUCAUAUGAAGUGUAAUGUAGUGGAAGGGUAGCAGUAACGUAGUGCAGCUUUAUGGGUAAUGUAGUUUCUGACCUGAGGCGUCAUAUCAGAUAGUCACAAGAGCCAAAUACCACUUUCAACCCUCCUAAAUGUAGGAGAAUGUAAAAUAAAUAUACGUUUUUAUAUAAAUAUAUCUUUUCGCAAGAUAAAAGUGGUUGAUAUGUGUCACUGUGAGUUUCAGGAUCACUUACUGAGAUUCUCUGAGUCAUGAGGAAUUGCUUGUUGGCAUUCCUCACGCUCUACCGUGCUUAUAAGCCUUGCCGUGUGUGUGUGUGUGUGUGUGUGUGUGUGUGUGUGUGUGUGUGUGUGUGUGUGUGUGUGUGUGUGUGUGUGUGUGUGUGUGUGUGUGUGUGUGUGUGUGUGUGUGUGUGUGUGUGUGUGUGUGUGUGUGUGUGUGUGUGUGUGUGUGUGUGUGUGUGUGUGUGUGUGUGUGUGUGUGUGUGCGUGCCACCACUCCUCCCAUUUUGACCAGAGAUGUACCUUUUUUUUGUUUUUAUUUAUUUUAUUUGUAACGUUGUAUACAAACCAUUCCAGCUGUCAUCGGUUAUAGCUUGUUGAAUUUCUACAUGUACCAGUAUCUCUUGACCUCACUGUUUUCCUAUCUUGUGUUAGUUGAGUUUGUAUUGUUAAUCAUGGCGAUGGUUGGAAAAACUGUGAAGAAGAUGGUGACUGAAGAGAGAAUAAAAAGCAAAGACUGCUGGGAAGA